AUGUUGAACACUGUCUCCAAAGAUGCAAUCAGCUGGCUCCCUGACGAGGUUCUGGCCGACAUCUUGUCCAGAGUUCCAACCAAACUGGCUGCUUCAACAUCUGUUCUCUCAAAAAGGUGGAGGAAUUUGUUUGCAUUGGUGCAUAAUCUCGAUUUUGAUGCUUCUGAUUUGCUGCAACCGGAAGAGGAUGAAGAAGAGAGGGAUGUGAUGCGGGAGAGCUUCAGGGAUUUUGUUGAUAGAACACUCGCUUUGCAAUGCGGUUCUCCUAUCAAGAAAUUCUCUCUAAAAUGUGUCAUUCACAUGGCCAGCGAGUUAGAUUGUCCCGCAGAUAAGGAAUACGGUGAAGUCUUUCUGCCCUCUGAGCUCUUUAAGAGCAAGACGCUGAUCUGUGUGACGUGCUUCUUCCUGGUUGUCCGGGCUUGCUCGGAAGGAUACCCAUACUGCAUAUCGAGUCGGACCAUCAAGAAACUGUCUGUUCACUACGAUUGUAAGUUUGCAGUUGAUACCAUGCAGAGUAUGUCAUUUGACGCCCCAAGUCUUGUGUCCCUCGACUACUCUGAUUAUGCCUUGGCUGUGUACGAACAAGUUAACUUGGAGUCCCUAGUUGAAGCUAGGCUGGAUCUGCGUUAUACUGACAGGGUGAUUUCCCGAUGUGUCAAACGUGGACUAUUUCUACCGGUGUUCAACAAACUGGUGAGCUUGUCUUUUGGGAGUAAGAACAAACGAGGUUGGAAACUGCUGCCAUAUCUGCUUAAGCAGUGUCCAAAGCUUGAAACUCUAAUCAUCCAGGGUUUGGAUGGUUACACAGGCGAUGUUACCAUGCGUCCAUUCCAAGUAAAGGUGUUUCAUAUUCUUGGUUAUGGAGGAACUGCUAAAGAGUUGGAACACUUGAAAAGUAUAAUUGGGGAAUCGAAAUGCCUUGAACUGGUGCAAGUGGAGGUUGCACAAGGUAUUGCGGUGGAUGAUGCCAUUCUGUCGCAAAUCUAUAGGGAUCUAAAGACGCAUCUUGGAGUUUCAUCAAAGUGCAAGAUCAUAGUUGCUUAAUUUCAUGUGCAAUUAUUCUGUGUAACAUUAAACUCAUAAAUUGCUUCUUGCAGGUAUACAUCAUUAGCAAAACCCUCUGAAUAUAUAAAUUGCUCCUCCUUCCCCAUGUCUUCUUUGGACGAAUAUUGCUAAUAAGGGGAGAUUACCAAAUGCCUGCAAUUUUAGUAACUUCAGGCGGGGGGAAUUGUUGCAAGACUAUUAUAUAUAUAUGCACUGGACUUUGCCGUGAAUUGGGGUUUGAACUGUAAAUAUUUUUAAA